AAGCUCAGCCCAGGAAGCAAACAUGUUCAUGUAGGCACGAGAAUUAGAGAAGAGGAAACAUACAGAGAAUCCAAACAGGCUCAGCUUGAAGAAAACAUUGCUUUCCAAUGCAGCUAUGAAUUAAGAAAAUACAAAAAGAAUUUGAAUGCUGCUUCAGAAGAGAAGGCCUGGGAAAAAGAAAUACUGAGGAAGAGCAGGUUCUCUCCAGGCAAUGCCAGUUCAGAAGUCUGCCAGACCUGAGGGCUAACACCUGGUGGGAGCUGCAUCUCCUUAUAUGUGUGAUAUGCUGUGAUAUCAGAGCACAGUGACUUCUAUGGACACAUAUGGAAACUUCAAGCUGCCUUUCUGGAUACGAAUUAAGGGAGCAAGCAUGUUAAAAACCAGCAUAGCUAGAGGUUCUUAGAGAGCCAGCAAAUUCAGCAUGACAGAAGCAUACGCAGAAACCACAGCUGAAUACGCUUAUGAUGAACAUGCCUUCUCCUGCAAUAAAACCGACAUCCAAGAGUUUGGGAAGAUAUUUCUGCCGAUAUUUUACGUUGUGGUGUUUGCUCUUGGCCUCACAGGGAAUCUAAUGGUGGUUUUUGCCAUUGUGAAAGGCAAUAAAAAAAGCAUCACUGACAUCUAUCUCCUGAACUUGGCUGUCUCUGACCUUCUCUUUGUGAUCUCCCUCCCGUUCUGGGCAUCCAACACGGUCCGUGGAUGGACCCUUGGGACUAUGGCAUGUACAGCUGUUUCCUCACUGUAUUACAUUGGUUUCUUUGGAGGCAUGUUCUUUAUCACUGUUAUCAGCAUUGACAGGUACCUGGCCAUUGUCCGGGCAACUUACUCUCUGAAAUCCAGAACAGUUAGACAUGGCUUUCUUGUAACCUGCGGAGUGUGGGCAAUAGCGGUUUUAGUGUCCGUGCCACAUUUUGUGUUCUCCCAGCUCAUAGAAAAUGACUGCAUUGCUGUCUUCCCAGAGAAGCUGGAGAACAUCUGGCCAGUGUUCUGCAAUAUGGAGCUGAACACCAUUGGCUUUUUCAUCCCAGUCUGUAUCAUAUUCUAUUGCUACUGUGGGAUCAUCAAAACCCUCCUGUCCUGCAAAAAUCAGAAAAAAGCACGAGCCAUAAAACUGAUCUUGGUUGUGGUGCUGGUGUUCUUUCUGUUUUGGUCCCCCUACAAUGUACUGAUUUUUCUAGAUACUUUAAGACACUAUGAGUUAUUCACAAAUUGCAACCAAAUUAAGUCACUGGACUACGCAAUGCAUCUGACUGAAACCAUUGCGUUCAGUCACUGUUGUCUCAAUCCUCUUAUCUAUGCCUUUGCUGGAGAAAAAUUCAGGAAUUACCUUUAUCAUAUCUGCUUGAAGUAUUGUCCAUUCCUGUGUUUCUGUGGGCCCUGCAAUCGCUACCAUGUCCCUCAUUCAAUUAGUUAUGCAGAAAGUGUGGUGAACAGCAACAUAACCCUGAACACCAGCGACCAGGAAGGCUCUGUCUUUGUCUGAAAGGGUCUCGGAAGGAGAAAUGUAUCAGCAUGUGUCUCCUGCAGAGCUAGCAACCACUGAGGGGUUGAAUUUACCCAUAUGAAGAGCCUUAAUAGCUGCACUGAACUACUGUCAUGCCUCUAGUUAAGCAUUUUUUAAAGAACAAAAGCAGUACAAUAUGUCAGUGUUGGACAAGGAAUGGAAUCGAGCAAGGAAGAGGGAAAGUAGAAACAAAAGGAGCGCUCUGUGCCUAGAAAAGGAGUUGGGGAAGAAUUUAAGGGUAGGGAACUUUUUGAACAGUUCCAUCGCUAGAACUUGUGCAUGUGUCCGUGUAUGUGCAUGUGAUACUGAUGUACAUAGACAUAAACUAAUUUUUUAAGGGAAGAGAAAUCUCUUUAAUGAAUGGUGACUGACUUCAGGAGAGGGGAAUAUUUUUGAUAGUAAAGGGGUGU